GUCCCGCCAACGCCAACAACGACCAUCGACGAAUGCCCCCAACCACACCCACCACACGGACAUCAAUACAGAUGAUGAGAGGUUACAUGUGCAGGGGAAUGACUGAGUCACGUCAGCGAAGCUUGGCACGAUAGAUUAUUGCGAGCCGAUCGCCACCAGUCGCCGCCUGCCUCGAUCAGGGGACGAGAGCUCAGCGUCUGCACGGGCAUGUCUGACUACGCGCCGAACCUACCUUACUGACACGUUCAGCAAGAAAAAAAAGGAAAGACGAGGCGACACGUACGAGCACAGCAUGUUGCGGCUUCCCGGACUGGCGGGCUUCGCACUUUGUGCAGUCGCAGUGCUAGGCCGUCGCCAGGUCAGACAGGAGCCAUAAUUGUGAGUCUGGCCGCCCCGGCGCCGACGUUGCUUCUUCCUCUUGUCGCCCAUCGUCCGUCCGAGUGGUUUCUUAUACCGCUUCCGCCGCUUUUCUUGACGAGACAUUCAUCUUUCUUCAAGCCCUGGCUAUCUCUCAUAUCAUUACAACAGCAUUCCUCGCCCCCCUACCGUCUUCGCUAUGAGCGGCGCUGCUUCUCUUCGUAGCUCCUCGUAGCCGCAGAUCCAUCAUGGAUAUUAUCCGGGAUACCCCUCGUUACGUUGUCUAUCGCGCCAAGCAAGUGGUGCGUCGGCAUCGCCUCAAGCGAGCUGCGCUGCGGCUCCAGCAGAAGACGGGUCCCCCACAAGACGGCCCAUGGGAGCCAAAUCCCAACUCGCUUAGACAACAUCCCGUUCGGAGCAGAAUCGAGACACCAUCGACGGCAGCCUCGGCUGAGGCAGCCCAGGAACGAGCUACUGGCGAGUCUGCAGAUCAGAAAAAGACGGCCAUCGUUACCACUGGACCGGUCAACAACGAAAAGGAGGCGAGUGAAGGCAAGACCGACGACAGUGACGCUGAAAACGAAAACACUGAGAAGAACCACGACCAUAACGCUGGCGGCGAUGCCCAAACUGACAGAAAGGGCAAAGGGCGGGCUGGGCCCCGAGCCGAGCCCAAGGUCGACGAGAAGAAGCGUCAGGCAGCCGUCCCGCCUCCGGAUGUUCCAGUGCGGCCGACAAUCACGGACACUCGUCAGGACAGCGGUGCAACCCAGCAAGCUCCUGGUCCUGAACCGAGCGAAGCCAUUCCUGGCCAAAAGCCAGAGACUGCUGGCCCAAGCAAACCCCGCGGCACCGAGAAGUCCAAGGUCGGGGACAAUGUCACGAGCCAGGUGGCAGACCACAUCAGCUGCUCUAUUUGCGGCGAGGUCUAUGGCGAGACGGAGAAGAGAGGCGCGGAAUGGCCCAAGGAGGUUUAUGCAUACUUGCACUGCCGCCACGUCUUCGGCCACGAGUGUUUGUUUCGAUGGAUCGCAGACGCGAAUGCGCCGCCAAGAUGUCCCAAGUGUGGCGUGUCGAUGAGACACGCAUGCGAGCACUUGACCGUCCCGACCCAUAAGCCUCCGCGCUCCAACUCGCUAGCCAAGUUCGCGCAAUCCAACGCCGCCAUUGUGCCCUGGGACUACGAGUGGUGCAGGACCGAUGAGGGUCGGAGACUGCGAAGUGCCGUCGACCGAGCCAGCUGGAACAUGGACAGGGCAGACAGCAAAAAGAGGGAUGAGGCCGGUGUAGCGGCCAACUUUGGACAAAGCAUCGUCUGCAAGUAUCGGAGACUCGUACUCAACCGAGCGGUCAACAAGUUCAACAACAAGCAGGCCAAGUGGUGGGCCCGGCAAUGGGUCGAUUUUCCGGGCCGGAGCGCUCAGUUCAAAGAGGCAAAGAACCACGUCAAGUCGGUCAAGGGGCUUUCGGAGAUGAAGCGUAACGUGUCAUGAUGGCUGCGCGCACUUGGAUUCCCAGCGCACCAAGCCAGCGAGAUGAAUGGUACGUUGACCAUGAGCUAUUCUACUUGUAUGUUAGCACAUGAUUAGACGACAGCGACGAGAAAUACAGCAGCC